CCGAAUUCCAUUUCUAAUGCCAAUACAUAUUUGAUUUUGCAAAUCGUAUUAUACAUAUAUAACUUGACAUUUGUCCUGCUUGCUUUUUUUGCGCUUGUUUUCCUCGUUUUCGUUCAAAAGAUUUUCGAUCAUCCCUUGCCUUCUUUCUGGCGGCAUUCUCGUGUGGCACCUCAUCCUUUAACUGCCUUUUAACUACAUAUCUACCAUCCAAUGAAACUUCCGCGGUUGAAUUUUAUACGGCUCCAUUAUACUUAUAUCUUGCUCCUGAGUGUGCUGGCCGUGAUUGUCAUAUAUCCGGCCCAAAAUUUGUCCGGAAUUGAUGCCUUUUUCACAAGCUGCAGUGCGGCGACGACGACGGGGUUGAAUACUGUUGAUGUCAAUAAAAUGCGUACAUUCCAACAAGUGGUGAUAUACGUUGUCCCCUUGAUUGGCAAUUUGAGUGUCAUAAACCUAGUGGUAGUGCUUGUUCGCCUAUACUGGUUCGAAACUCGAUUCAAAGACAUUGUUCGAUUGUCACGGCAGCGUUUGCUUGAUCGACCUCGUUCCAAUAGAUUGCAAUCGUCAGAGUCCGGAGGAAGAGACAGUAUCACUUUGCGAAACAGACUCACCGCUGCGAGAAUACGAGAUAUCAGAGUGCUUCGUCCUGAGCCAAGAAUUGGGAGCAGCAAGACAGCUGCCUCUGAGUCGGAGGGCCUAAGGCUACGAGCAAGGAUUCUCAGCAGAAUUCCCAACAAUAACGCCAACAGCGAAAGCGACAGUCGAAUUGGAACCGUUCCUAAUGAGAACGAAAACGAGAAUGCGAAAAGUUGCACUGUUGAAAUAGAUGAUUCAACCACUUCUACUUCUACCCCAAAUCCUCCUGCUUCUCCAUCGGACCCAACGCCUGUAAUGGUUGAUCGAACUAGCCCUUCCCUUAAGAAAAAUAGUAUUGAACGGAGUGCGCCGCCUGCGCAUAUUAGCUUCUCAGCUGAAACAAACAUGGAGCCUCGUGGACGCGCACUGCGGAUUCCUGGUCCACGAGAGUUUGAGAGCGAUGACCUGGCGAAAAGCAUAACCAUCGAAGAACCGCCAAUGACUGGUCCCUCGGGGGAAAAUGAACGCCGACGAUUGCCCACUAUGGGUAGGCUGUUGUCCCACGCAGUUUCCGUCGAAAGAGCUGCUUCGAAUGCUUUUAUUCUCGGAAAUAGUUCACGGAAGCGUUCUCGAUCGAGGUCUUCUAACCCACUAAAUCGAUCGUCCUCGAGGGCUGAUCGGGUCCCCCUCGACAUGCCCUAUCUCUCUUACCAACCAACAAUCGGACGUAAUUCGAGGUUCCUGGGUUUGACUGAUGACCAGAGGGAUGAGUUGGGAGGAAUUGAGUAUCGUAGCCUGAAACUUCUGGCGAAGAUUGUGUUCAGCUACUACGUAUUUUGGCAUGUAUUCGGCGUCGUUUGCCUAAUCGGUUGGAUUCACAAUUCAGACCGGAAGUACCGGGACUAUAUUCAAUCUGUAGGCCAGAGCCCAACUUGGUGGGCAAUUUUCUCUGGGAUGACCACUUACAACAACCUUGGAUUCACUCUUACCCCAGAUUCGAUGACCAGCUUCCGCAACGCAACCUUCCCCAUCUUCAUCAUGACAUUUCUAAUGUACAUCGGGAACACAGGCUACCCUUGUAUGUUACGCCUCGUCAUAUGGCUCAUGUUCAAAAUCUCGCCCCGGGGUUCUGCAAUCCGCGAGCCAUUGAAUUUUCUUCUCGACCAUCCUCGUCGAUGUUACACUCUACUUUUCCCAUCUAGUCCUACCUGGAUGUUAUUCUUCAGCCUGGUAUUUCUGAACUUCAUCGACGUACUGCUAUUCCUAGUUCUAGACCUGCAUAACGAAGAAGUCCUGGCUGUUCCGUCUUCAUGGAAUAGGUUUCUGGCUGCGGUUUUUCAGGCAGCGUCGGCGCGCACGACAGGGACGUGCACUUUUAAUGUUUCUAAGGUGCAUCCGGCUGUACAGUUCAUGCUUAUGGUAAUGAUGUAUAUCUCUGUUUUCCCAAUUGCAAUUAGCGUACGAAAAACAAAUACCUAUGAAGAAAACUCCUUGGGCCUUUAUGAUCCACAAAGCGAUGAAAUCGACGAAUCAAAUAGCACCGCCUCCUAUGUGGGUGCACAUAUGAAAAAACAACUUGCAUUUGACCUCUGGUAUGUCUUCUUCGGGAUGUUUCUUCUUAUGAUCACCGAAGGGUCGAAACUAGCAGAUAAGGCGGAUCCGGACUUCGCAAUCUUCUCGAUUUUUUUCGAAGCUGUCUCGGCAUACGGAAACGUCGGUCUGAGCUUAGGUCAUCCAUCUAUCAACAGCGGCUUAUCGACCAAAUUCAGCGUGUUGGGAAAACUAGUCAUCUGCGCUUUGAUGCUUCGCGGUCGACAUCGCGGAUUGCCUUAUGAACUUGAUCGUGCAAUAAUCCUCCCCAGCGAACGGAAUCUUACGGAAUCAAGUGCUACGAAGGAUGGUGGUCCAGUCACCACUACACAAACCUCAACAAAUGCUACUAUUGGCUCCUUGUUGCGCACUCGAAUUGCGGAGAUCGUCUAAAAGG